CUCAGAGCCACAAAGGCUUAUCGAUAGGGCCCGAUAGGCCCAGACAAGUAAAUUUUGGUAAAUAUGUGAUGAUUUAAAACGACGCACAACAAACGAGAACCUUAACGACCCGAAAACCGAGAGGUCAGCGCCAGGAGGCCCAAUCGGAGGCCGCGCGGAAGACCACGUCAACGCACACGCAAAUAGAUCCCAAGCAGAAACAGCAAGAACAACACACCCACCCACCCAACCGCACACAGAAUGUAUUGCCUACAAUGCCUGCUGCCCGUACUACUGAUACCAAAACCCACGAAUCCGGCCCUGAUGGAAACGCACGUGAUGUUCAUAGUCCUCUACCUGGUCGGAUUCUUCCUGGAGCGAAAACCCUGCACCAUCUGCAGCCUCGUAUUCCUCACAGCCGUAUCCCUGAUAUGCUACAGUGGCGUCGGGAACUGCAUCUUUUGGGGCAACUGCGAGGGCCAUCUUUGUGAGAAUGGAUAGAGGUUCAGCAGGGCGCCGCUUAUCUUUCACUCCCAAGCAAAGGAACCCCCCGUAGUCAUAGUCAACGAAGAUAAAGUGCUAAUAAUAACUACCUUUUUACGGAAUUACGUUCGCGUUGUUACAGCUUUACAUCCUAGAAGAUCGGAGAAGUCUGAGGAGCAGGCGGAGAUAAGGGAUUAGGGAUAGCUUGACUAAGUCGGUGAAAUCAAGUGAUCAGUGAUACAAGUGAUGAGUGAGUCCGACCAGGAACAAAGAUUGUGUGUCUAGUAUACCCAUUGCAUUAUUUCCAGCCCCUUUAUGUUACCUUCAUAAUUCUCUUGGUUAUGAAAUGUAAUUGUAUUCAAGCGUUUUUUGUUUUUAAAGCUUAGACGAAUUUAGUUUAUAUGAAGAAAGCGCUACGAAAACGUAUUGUACAUCACCCCACCCAAAAGCCCUACCCUAUAAAUCAAAAAUAACCCUUAUCCACCCCACUUGUCAAUGCAACUUACGAUUAGUCAUAUAUGUUAUAUAUAUAUAAAUACAUUAUACAAAACGUAAUUGUAAAGAAAACUAAGGCAAACCACACAUUCACUGCGCAUCCUUGCUGAGUUGCUGAGCCAACGGAAGCUGCUGACAUCGGUUGUAAUUACCCUGUCGUGUGCACGUGCAAAACCUGUAUAUACAAACAAGCAUAUAACUUACACCGAUCGAAAAAAUAUGCAUUAUAUACAUAAACUGUAAACGAGAGACAAGCACAAAUAUGUAAAAAUGAGUAAGAGGCGGGAGAUUAUAACUUAUACAAAUAAUAUUGUUCGAUUUUUGCGAAUUUGUAUGAUUUGAGCGGUAUUUAAAAACGGAAAGUGUGGUAGAUAUAAUGAAAUAAAAUUUAAAUAAUGGUAAACUUCUGCAA